AAAGAAUACAGAUGGAGUAUAAAGAUAUACCGGUUUCAUGCAUCACACCGGCUCUUGUGAUUUAAAAAAAUGUGUCAAAACAUCUAUGUUAUAAUUAUUCAUGCGUACAACCCUUUUCGCUCCUCCGCCGCUCGUCCCCGCAUCGCAACGCCAAGCGCACGCCGCCUCUCCUCCACCCGCGCCUCCGCCUCUCGCCUCUCGCCCUGGGCAGUCUGCUACAUUCCUUUGAAGUUUUGAGUCUUUGACUGCUGAGGUUGCUGACUUGCUGACCUGUCUCCACUCUUCAGUAGGUGAGGAGGAAAAGCUCACUCUAAUUCCGUAUUUCUGUCUCCCUUUGUGUCCCAGAACACAACCACAAACCAAAUUAAGACGUUGAAUCUUGCAGGUGGUAGAUGGCACAAGAAACAUCGGUCCUAGAUGCAGAGGUUGUUCUUGCUGAAGAAGCUGGCAGUGCUAGAUUGAUAACCUUAAACCGUCCCAAGCAGUUGAAUGUCAUUUCUUCUAAAGUGGUGAAGUUGCUGGCUGAAAACUUGGAAAAAUGGGAGAAUGAUGACAAUGUAGCUCUCAUCAUAUUAAAGGGAGCUGGCCGUGCUUAUUCUGCUGGCGGGGACUUGAAAAUGUUUCACGAUGGCAGAACGUCAAAGGACUCCUGCCUUGAGGUGGUUUACAGAAUGUAUUGGCUUUGUUACCAUAUCCACACUUAUAAAAAGCCCCAGGUUGCUCUAGUUAAUGGCAUUUCGAUGGGUGGAGGUGCAUCCUUGAUGGUCCCAAUGAAAUUUUCUGUUGUAACUGAAAAGACUGUUUUUGCUACCCCAGAAGCAAGUAUUGGGUUUCACACUGACUGUGGCUUCUCAUAUAUCCACUCUCGCCUUCCAGGCCGAUUGGGCGAGUAUCUGGCAUUAACUGGGGCAAGGCUUAAUGGUAAAGAACUGGUUGCACUUGGAUUGGCAACACACUUCGUCCCUUCUGAUAAAUUGUCUGAGCUAGAGAAGCGUUUAUUAAAUUUGAACUCAGGCAAUGAAAAUGCUAUCAGAUCUGUCAUAGAGGAGUUGUCCAUAAGCGUUCAGCUUGAUGAAGAAAGUGUCUUAAACAAGCAGGCUCUUAUUGAUGAGAUCUUUGGGAAGGAUUCUGUGGAGGAGAUUAUACUUUCAUUCGAAGUUGAAGCACACAAAGAAGGGAAUAGUUGGAUUCAUGCUGUGCUUAAAGGGUUCAAAAGAUCUUCUCCUACAGGAUUGAAGAUCACACUAAAAUCGAUUCGAGAAGGAAGGAAACAAACACUGGCCGAAUGCCUGAAAAAAGAAUUUAGGCUAACAAUAAAUAUUCUGAGAGCAGUGAUAUCUGGUGAUGUCUAUGAGGGCAUAAGAGCUAUCACCGUCGACAAAGAUAACUCCCCGAAAUGGGAUCCUGCGGAGCUUGACAAGGUUGAUGAGGGACAAGUUGAGAAAGUUUUCCAAGCAUUUGAUGAAGAACUAGAGCUCAACAUACCAGAAACACAAGAAUGCAGGUGGGAUGGAAAAUAUGAAACUUCAGCUUAUGCCCACCUUCAAAUUGCAUAAACUCAUUUGGAAGGAUGGGGUGUUGAACAAAAUAAAAGCUGAAAUUGUAUUAAUUUUAGCCCAUUUAAUCUAAUAAUGGUCGAUGCCAGCUUGUGGUUUGCAGUGUUGUAACUUGUAAUCUUGUUUUACUGUGGUUUUUUUUUUGUGAUGAGCCCAUGCCAAUGAUCUCAAUAUACUAAAAUCUUGUUCUUCAGAACAUGGUCAAGUAAAUAAACAUGGCCUUUUGGCCCGGAUAUUACUAAAAAUAUGAUAAAAGACAAAAAAGUGACAUGUUUUUAAAUAUUC